AUGGAGAAGCUAAUUAAACCUCUUAAUUAUCCUAACCAUUUUAUCGUUAAUACAGUUGGCAUUGCAGGUGGCCUUUGCAUCUUUUGGAAAGAUGGUAUCAAUUUGAAAAUUAUUGGCUCUGCUUUUAAUGUGGUUAACUGUGAGUUUUUUAUUGAUGCUAGAUCUAAAAUUCUAAUGUCAUGCAUGUAUGGUGCCUUGCCAAAUGGUAAUCCCUUUACUUGGUCAAACAAAAGGCGUGGUGAUGAACUCAUUCAGGAAAGACUAUAUAGAGUGCUUGGUAAUGAUAUUUGGUUUAAUCUGUAUAAUGACUGCCAUGUUUAUCAUUUAGCUCCUAUAGCUAGUGAUCACAACCCCAUUGUGUUAACUACCUCUAGAGACUCUAAUCCUGUUAAGAGACCGAUAAAAUUCAACAGAUAUUGGAAUGUUCACACUUUUGGCCAUAUUCAAACUAAUAUCAGCAGGAUUUAUAACCAACUAGAGUCUCUCCAUUCUCAAGGGAUAGUGGACACUAUGGACAAUAGGAUCAUUAGUCUUAAAGAUGAUAAUUUGGCUUUGCUUAAAAUGCUUACUCAUGAAGAAAUUAAGGAUGUUGUCUUUAACAUGAAACCUUGGACCUUUCCUGGUCCAGAUAGUUUCCCUCCUGGGUUUUAUCAACAAAUGUGGCAUGUUAUAGGAAAUGACACAGUUAAAAUGGUUCAGGCCUUUUUCAUAAUCAUUUUUAAACUGUUGUCUAAUAGGCUAAAGCCCCUUUUGAGUAAGAUUAUCAAUCCUUUUCAAACUGCUUUUGUGCAAAAUAAGCUUAUGACAGAUAACAUUGUAAUUGCUCAUGAAUUAGUAGACACUUUAAAUAAACAUAAAUCUAAGAAAGGCCUAUUAGCUAUUAAACUUGACAUGAGCAAAGCUUUUGAUAGGAUAGAAUGGACUUUCCUAGAAGACUGCUUGAAAUGUCAUGGGUUUGAUGAUGGUUUUUGUAAGAUAAUAAUGCAAUAUGUUACUACUGUGUCCACUUCUUUCCUUCUAAAUGGUACACCAGGUAUCCAGUUUAAAACCACUAGAGGUUUGAGACAAAGAGACCCCUUGUCUCCUUAUCUCUUCAUUCUUUGUAUGUAUGUUUUCUCCAAAGCUUUGAUGCAUGCUCAAAAUAAUAAUCUUAUUAAGGGUGUUAAGAUUACACCUACUAUCCCUUCUGUUUCUCAUAUAUUUUUUGCAGAUGACCUGUUGAUUUUCACUAAUGCUAAUCCUAAGGAGGUAAGAAAUCUCAACACUAUCAUUGAGCAAUUUAGUAGAAUAUCUGGCCAAGCUAUCAAUUAUGAUAAAUCUGGACUUGCUUUUAGUCCAAAAACUUGUAACCAGGAUAAAAAUACUAUCACUAAUAUUCUUAAUAUUAGAAGGAUGGGAUUACAAGAAAAAUACCUAGGAGUUCUUUUAUUGCUGCAAAAGAACAAGUCUGAAAGUUUCUCAGGUAUGUUUGACAAAUUCGGUGGUAGAUUAGGAAUAUGGAGAGCUAAACACAUAAACCAGCCUGCUAGGACUGUUUUUACACAAACUGUUUUAGGAUCAAUUGAUACUCAUCAGAUGAGUGUUUUUCCUAUGCCUAAGAAAUUUACUGAUGGGAUGGAUGGUGGUCUCAACAUCAGACAAACUGCUAUUUUUAAUCAAGAUCUCUUAGCAAAACUAGCUUGGAUGAUGCUCCAAGAUCCUACUGCUCUUUGGGUCCAAAUUUUAAUGCAUAAAUACUUGCCUAACUGUUUUCCUCUUUCUGAUGAAGUUAGUGAAAAUGGUAGCUGGAUUUGGAGAGGUAUCUGCAAAGGUUUGAAAAUUGUUAAACAACAUUAUUGUUGGGAGAUAGCUGAUGGAAAGGAUAUCAUAAUUUGGAAGGACAAGUGGAUUCAUGGGUGUCAGAAUCUAGUCUCUUCUACUAAUUGGUCUUCUAAUAUGGUUCAUGUUUCUCAACUUAUAGAUCAAGAUACUAAAUAUUGGAAUUUAAGUAUGUUUAACACUCUUUUUCCAACUGAAACAGUUAAUCAGAUAUGUAGGAUUAGAAUUCCUAUGUUAGGGAAAGAUAGAAUUAGGUGGACAAAAACUAGAAAUGGACAGUUCACAGUUAAAUCUACUUAUAACACUCUUUUGGAUGAGGCCUCAUCUAGUAACACUAGUAGUAACACUAGCUUUCCAUGGAAAAUAUAA